AUGGCAAAUAGUGCGAUGAAUUCACAUACUAUCACCGAGACUAGUAGAGUUUUACCUACAUCUCAGACUGAAAGUCCAAUCUCAGUACCGCUUUCAAUCUUCGAUGCAACGUGUACUCGAUUUUCGCCCACACGGUGUAUCUGGCUAUUCGACCAUCACAGCGACACACCUGAACAAAAAACACUAUGCAGUCGCCUCAGAACAUCUUUCAUCUCCACACCCGACGAAUUCCCACAAUGGGCGGUCCAGCUCCAAUGGUCGUCUCUCAAUGCAAAUGGCAAUCACACAGAACGUUUCCAUCGCAUAAACAUAGUAUACGGGUCUCCUCAAGAUCCCGGAGUGGAGUGGAAGACGGCCUAUCAUCCAUCCCACUCUUCGAAAGACUUUGCGCCCCUAGCAUCUGAAAGAGCAUCAAGGACAACGUGGCGAGGUGAUGGAUUUGUGCAGUCGGAACUGCUUUCAAAUACUGCAUUAGCAGCAUUACACGACAUGAAAAGCUACAAGGGAUUACCCGCAAUGACAGUUCAGAUAACUCUUUUUCGAGACGGCGGAUAUGCCGUUGGGGUGAAGUUGGCCCAUCCGCUAGGGGAUGCACAGGCAUUGAUGGUGUUUGUGCAACGGUGGGCGGCCAAGAGCCGGUGUCUUCAUGGAGACACAGAGAGCCCGUCACUCAUGCCUCCUCCAGUAUUCAACCCACAGCUACUAGAUUCCCAUGCAUCAGGGGACAUCGAUGGUUCGGCUAAUGAUCCUCGGCUCGCUGCAAUUGCACGAGAACUGCCUCUGCAUCGCUACAAUUGCUGGGAAUCCGAUGCCCCCGGAUACCUGCCAGCAUUCCUUUCAACCCUAGAAAGCUCAAUGCCUCCAAAAUCGUUCCUCGACACCGUCGAACUCUCUCCUGCCGAUACGGCACCGUGGACCACGUGGGACGUUUCCCGUUCGGUUGACUACGUGCAAAUGCAUUUUACUGGAGCAGCACUUGACAAACUACGAUCACCAGCAUUGAGCAAUCACCACGAGAGUCCCCGCUUGUCGCGACUGGAUCUUCUCUUAGCCCAUGUUUGGUCUGCGAUCAACCGCGCGCGCGGAAUGGCAGAAAGGCCCGACGAUGUUUUCUUAGAUUUUACACUAGGUGCCCGUUCGCGUGUUCGACCUCCGCUACCACACUCGUGGAUCGGAUCGCCGCUUUUUCUGACAAACAUUAAACGGAGUGGUUCAGCAGCAUGCGAAGACAGCGUCGCAAGCCUGGCCAGCGCGAUUCGUAAUACGAUAAGGCUGUUCACGCCAGAAAAAGUAGGUGCGAUGCUCCAUGACGCAGCCUACGAGGCCGCCCCAGAUCGACUUUGGCAAUGCUUUCCAGGGAAAAGACAUGUCAUUGUAACCUCGUGGCUCCGCUUAGACGUGGAUCUGGUGGACUUUGAGGGAAUGGGAAUGAGACCGCGUUAUGUCCACGCAGUGAUGCCGAAAGUAGACGGCUUGCUGCAGGUAUUCGACUCCGCGGUUGAUGACGGGGGCAUGGACAUUGCGCUUUACCUGGACAGUGAAGCAAUGGAGAAGUUGCUCGCUGUGCUAUGUGAAGAUUAG